UCUCCUAGCUCGAGGGCACGGCCACCCCGCCUCCGCACGCUCCGUCCCGCAGGGCCUCGGGGCCGCCGCCCAGCCUCCCGCACCCUCACCGCCCGACCUGCGCGCAGAGCUCCGAGCCCGAGGGAGGUGCCAUGCGGAGCGCUCCGAGCCGGUGCGCCGUGGCCCGCGCCCUGGUCCUGGCCGGCCUCUGGCUGGCCGCAGCCGGGCGCCCCCUGGCCUUCUCGGAUGCGGGGCCGCACGUGCACUACGGCUGGGGCGAGUCGGUGCGCCUGCGGCACCUGUAUACCGCGGGCCCGCAGGGCCUCUACAGCUGCUUUCUGCGCAUCCACUCCGACGGCGCCGUGGACUGCGCGCCCGUCCAGAGCGCGCACAGUCUGAUGGAGAUCAGGGCUGUCGCCCUAAGCACCGUGGCCAUCAAGGGGGAGCGCAGCGUGCUGUACCUCUGCAUGGACGCCGACGGCAAGAUGCAAGGGCUGACUCAGUACUCAGCCGAGGACUGCGCUUUCGAGGAGGAGAUCCGUCCUGACGGCUACAACGUGUACUGGUCCAGGAAGCACCAUCUCCCCGUCUCCCUGAGCAGCUCCAGACAGAGGCAGCUAUUCAAAAGCAGGGGCUUCCUGCCGCUGUCUCACUUCCUGCCCAUGCUGUCCACCAUCCCGGCCGAACCCGACGACCUCCAGGAACCUCUGAAGCCCGAUUUCUUUCUGCCCCUGAAAACAGAUAGCAUGGACCCUUUUGGGCUUGCCACCAAACUGGGAUCUGUGAAGAGUCCCAGCUUCUAUAAUUAACGGAGGCUCUGUCCUCUCCCCUCCACCCUGGCCCUGGAGACCAGGACCCCAGGCCUGAGGUGCUUGUGGAUGGGUUUUCUACAAGUAUGAUCCUGAGUCCAGGUUCUAUGUAGCUUUAGGAGGAAACAUUUAGAUCUUGUACAUAGACAAAGUUUUACUUGGGCUGUGCCGGUUUCUAGCGGAUAGACUUGUACGAUCAUAAAAUGGUAAGCCUUCCACCCUACCCACCCAGCUGCUGCCUACCCCAGCCCCUCAGCCCUGCUGGACGAGUCUGUGCUGCCCUGGUUCUGCUUGUACUUCCCCUGGUGGGGAGCUCACUGCCUUGGCAAGCUUCUCACACCACGCUGACCUCAGCCGUUCUCUCCUCCCAUCCUUUGCAGCAGGAGCGGCCAGAGGAAAAGCAGUCAUUUUUAAAAACUCAUGGGCAGGUAAUCAACUUUGUGAAACCUCAGGUAAAUCUGACUCUACUGCCUGGGAAAAUUUUUCCAGAUCUCAGCUUUCUAAGAAGGACCAUUGGGCCUCCCCAAGCUCCUCCAGCAUGGAAGUAACUGGGUACAGGCUCUGCCCACCAAGCUCCAAGAGCAGGGGGAGCCCCGAGGCCCCUCCAGCCGGGGUCAAUCUUGAGGACUCCCUGCUAUGGCUGGCUCUGGGGUGGACAGCCUCAUAGGACCCCUUGGCAACCCACCCUGGGCAGAUAAGGUGGUCUACCCAUCCCUCCUCUUCCCCUGCCUUCUCCACCAGCGCUCUGCACGUGGCCAACACUUACCCGGGGUCAGGCUGGUCCCCUAAGGUGAAUGGCCACACUGCCACCUGCUUUAAAGGCAUGGCCAGUCCCGGCAGCAUCUUCCUUGCCAUGGUGGCCGGGAUUUCCAGGGAAUCGAUCUCUGGUUGUGUGGCUUUCACUUGAGGGCCCUUAGAGAAGGAACCCUACAGGCUUCCUCCCCCAGUUCACUCACCUCACUCUGGGGUCUGACCCACCCCCCCCCCCACCCUUUUCUACCCGCUGGGAUGUUGACCUGAAAAGGUCAGAGCGAGUCCUCCGCCUGGGGUCCUGACCCUUUCAUUCCAAAGCCAGGAAAAGCAAGAUCUGAAAGCCCUGAAUCUCACCGGUAACUUGGAAAAGCCGCAUGGAGAUCGAGUCCAUUUUCCAGCACUUGGUUUCCACUGUGAUAUUUAUGAGUAAUUUAUUGUGUUUGAUAUGUACAUCUCUUUAUUUUCUUACUUUAUUUAUACCCCCAAAUGGUAUUUAUGUAUGUACACGAGGUUUUUUUUUUUUUUUCUACAUUAAAGCGCAAUU